AUGAAUCAGUAUGAUCAAUGGAAUCGUAGAAUUCGGACAAUAUGGUACUGUAGUAGUCUGUAUGUAGAAUAUAAGAACGCUUUGAGGAAAUCAAAAAAAAUGCCAGUGGAGAAAAAAAAUGAAUACUGGGAAAAGAAACAUGAAGAGUUUGCUACAAAGAUGUUAAAUAAUAUAUAUGAAUUAAGAGGUAAGGAAUAUUAUUAUAAAAGUAACAUUUAUGAAAUGUUUGAAUACAUCGAUAAGGAACCACUAGCUAGCGCUUCUAUUGGACAAGUACACAAAGCGAAAUUAAAAAAAUAUGAUAAACAUAUAUGCGAUAUAGACAGUAGAAAACAUAAGGAUUAUAAUGUAAUAAUAAAAAUUCAGCAUGAAGGAAUAGAUCAGUUUUUGUCAUCAGAUAUAAGUACUUUAAAAAAAGUGUCUUGGGCAUUUGGACUAAUAGAUAAGAAUUUUUAUUUUACAGAUUUUAUAGAUGAAUGGCAAGAUUCUGCUUCUCGAGAAUUAAAUUAUAAAUAUGAAUUAUAUCAUCAAUUGCUAGCUUAUAACAGUUUUAAAAAAUCAGGUAUCCCUGUAAAAAUACCUAAAAUUUAUUGUGCUCAUACAACUUCUAAGGUAUUGGUUAUGGAAUAUAUUAAAGGCUUUAAAAUAACUGAUACUGAAUUACUUAAAAAAUAUAAUGUAGAUACAUAUAAAAUGGUCUAUAAAAUUAUUGACUAUUUUGCUUAUCAAAUACAUAAUGAUGGUUUUUUUCAUGGGGACCCACAUCCGGGAAAUAUAUUAGUCAUGAUGGAAGAAAAGAAAAAAAGGAAAAAAAAGAAAAAAAAGUAUAAUAAAGAUAAAAUAAAUAACUCGAAAAUGAAAAAUGAAAAUGUAUAUAUGAACAAGAGAAAAAAAAAUCAUAAAAAAAGUAAUAGGAAUUCUAAGAAAAAGUUAAGUUGUAAAAAAAAAAAAAAACUAGAAAUAAAUAAAGAAAGAGAAAAAGCAGAAGAAAAGAAAGAAAAUAUGUAUAAUAAUAAUGAUAUAAAUUAUUGUGAAAAUAAAAAUGAACAUAUUAUAACAAACAAUCCAAAAUUACAAAAUAAUAGUAGUGAUAUGAAAAAUAUAAUAAAAUUUACAAGUUAUUCUAAAAGCCUAUCUUCAUCUAAUGCUUCAUUGAUGGAUCAUUUUGUGGAUUCAAGAUAUAAUAUUGAUAAAAUGAGAGCACCUACUAAUUUUUCGAAUCCUUUUCAUAAAUCUUUUAGUUUUGUUGAUUAUUCACUUAAUCAAGAUGUAGAUUCGGAUAAAAUGAAUCAAGAAGAUUAUGAAUAUAUUUUGAAGGAAAAUAUGAGUGAUGGUUUAGAUAAUAUGAAAAAUUGUUUAUCUAGAUCCCAUGAAUAUAUUUCAUGCGAUCAAUCAAGAAGUGGAGUAACAUCUAUUGCGACAAGUAGGAAAACCCAAAAUAGGGAUUCUAACAAAGCUAGUGAAAAUAGUAUUAUGGAAUCUCGAGAAACAACUAUGUUUUCUUUUGUUAACAAUAUGGAGGAGUUAGUCAAGAUGAAGUCGGAGACAAAAAUAGAUUCACAAGUUAAAGGAUAUGAUAAAAAAGUGGUUAAAGGUAGUAAAGGUGACAAUAAAAAUGACCACAAUAAUGAUAAUAAUAAUGACAAUAUUAAUAAUAAUGACAAUAAUAUUAAUAAUAAUAUUAAUAAUAAUAUUAAUAAUAAUAAUAAUAAUAAUAAUAAUAAUAAUAAUAAUGAUAACAAUAUUUCUAAUGGUGAGAAAGAGAAAAACAAAAGUGGUCCGAUAUACAAAUCAAAAUUCCAAGCAGCAGAUUUAAAAAAAAGAAAAAAUGCAAAAUAUAAUUUUGUACCUGUUAUUAUUGACUGGGGUUUAAUCAAACAAUUAGAUAGCGUAAUGAAAUUCGCCUUUUGUAAAUUAGUUUAUAAUAUUAGCUGUAUGAAUGUAUUAAAUAUUAUAGAAGCGUUUGAAGAUAUGGGUUUCUGCUUUAAAGAAGAUUUUACCUACGAUCCUGAAAUAUAUAUUGAGAAUUUGAAAACUUAUUUUUUAAGCAAAUUAGAAGAAUCUAAAAGUAAAGGUAAUGAAGGAGAAAAGGAAUUUGGUGGUGUUAAUACUGUUGAUGAAACAAGUAAGAGUAAUAAGAAUAUGGAAAUAUUAAAAAAUAUUGAAAAAAAAGAUGUUAUGGAUAAAAAUCCGAUAAGUGAUGUACCUAAAGAUAUUAUAUUUUUUAUGAGAGUUGCAUCUUUAUUACAUGGAUUAUGUACACAAUUAAAUGUAAAAAUUAAUUAUUUAAAUAUCUUUUCAAGAAGAGCUAAAGAAGCUUUAGAAAAAAUAUAUAUACCAAUAAAUAAUAGUAUACACACAAUACCAAUAGAUAAAUAUCCAAAUACAUUUGUAGAAAAAAGAAUUCAUCAAUUUAUAAAAACAUUAUAUGAAAAAAAAAAAAUACUAGGAUGUCAAGUAGCCAUUAUACAUAAAAAAAAGUUAGUUGUUAAUACAUGUGUAGGAAUUACAAGUACAACAGAUAAAAGACCUAUAACAAAACAUUCUUUAUUUAAUGGAUAUUCAUUAAACAAAAUUAUUUUAAAUAUAGCUCUAUAUCAUCUUAUAUGUAACUCAGUGAAUGAACAAACGUCAGGUGAAAGUAUUUUGCUCGGUAUGGAUAAGAAAAAGGAUAAGCUAGGGGAAAAGAUAAGUCAAAAAAUUCAAGAAAAAAUAAGUGAAAAGAUAAAAAUUAAAUCAAACGCGAAGGAGAAAAAUCAAUUGGAUGAAAAAAUGAAAAUUAAGAUAAACGAAAAGGAUAAGGGUAAAGCUAAGGAAAAGAAUAAAAAUAAUAAUAAGGAAAAAAAUGAUAAGGAAAAAAAUGAUAAGGAAAAAAAUGAUAAGGAAAAAAAUAGUAAUGAAGACAAUAAUAAAGAGGACAAUGAUAAGGAUAACAAUGAUAAGGAUAACAAUGAUAAGGAUAACAAUGAUAAGGAUAACAAUGAUAAGGAUAACAAUAAUAAUGAGGACAAUAAUAAUAAUAAUAAUAAAUUAUUAAACGAAAUGGAUCAAAGUAAACACAAUGCAAAUGAAAAAACAUCCAAUAUGAAAGAUAAUAAUAAACCUUAUGAAGAAGAAGACCUAGAGGAUGAAGUUGCUGAUGAUAAUAAAACAGAUAAUGAAAAUAAUUAUAUUACCGAAAAAUUAAAUGAAUUUAAUAAAAUAGAAAACGAUUAUUUCUCAGUAAAUAUGAAUGAAAAUAUAAUUAAAUGUGAAGAGUUUGGUGAGAGCAAGGAUAUAAGUCCUUUAUCUGUCAAUAGUUUCAUAAGUUUUAAUAGUUAUAAUAGUUAUAAUAAUAAUGUUAGUUGGAUCAGUAGUAUGAGUAGGAAUAGUUACAAAAGUAUGAUUGAAAGGAUAGAAGAUGAUGUGCAAUAUAAAGAAAUUAAUGAUGAUCUACCUAAUAAUAGUAAGCUUAGUCUUAUGAGCGAAUACAAAAAGCAUGAUAAAUAUAAAGGUAGAAAUUAUAUCCAUAAUCACAAUAAUGAUGAUGUACAUCACCAUAAUCAUCAUCAUAAUCAUCACCAUAAUCUUCACCAUAAUCAUCACCAUAAUCAUCACCAUAAUCAUCACCAUAAUCAUCACCAUAAUCAUCACCAUAAUCAUCACCAUCAUGAUAAUAAUAUAAAUAAGAGUAAUAAUGAGACAGAGUCCAAUCCAAAUAAAUCCAUAAAUAUAUAUCCAAAUAUAUCAUAUAACAAAAUGGAUACCUUAAUAAAAAAACAACAAAGUUAUAUUGAUGAGAAAAACUUUAUAAAAAGUAUAGAAAGCAAACAAAUAAGAAAUUUCAAAAAUAUUAUUAACGAUCAUAUUUGUAAUUACUGGGAUGGAUUUAUAUGUAAUAAUAAAAAAAAUAUAACCAUAAAAGAUAUAUUAACUUUAAAGUGUUUUAUUAAGAAGCCUUUUCAUGAUAAAAUAACGUUAAGCAAAUUUAUAGAUUACGAUCAAAUGAUAAAUAUGAUUGAGAACUCUAAACAUUAUAAGACUUCAGAUAAAACGUCGAAAUAUGGAGAGUAUUUAUAUUUAAUCGAUACAUAUAUUAUAUCUGAGUUAAUACAUAAUAUAUCAGGAUUACAUUAUUAUGAGUAUAUAUAUAAAUAUAUAGUGAAACCAUUAAAUUUGACUGAAGAAAUGUUUGUACCCAUACCUUCAGAAUUAUUAAAAAAUCAAAAAUACGAAGAUUCAAAAAAGAAAAAUGUCAACAAUCAAAAUAAUGUAAAUACCACUGGUGGUCUUAGUAAUAAUAAUUUAGAUAAAACAAAAAAAUUUAUAAAGGAUAAAAAGGCAAAUGUUAUAGAUAAAAAAACAAACAUUCUAGAUAAAAAAUCUAUUGUUAUGGAUAAAUGGCCUAACAUGAUGAAGGAUUAUACAACCAGUGCUUUAAAAAAUAAUGAAUACAAAUCAACUUCUUUUAUUGGUGGUAAGAAAUUUAAAAAGUCUAGUACUAUUUCCAACUUUAUAGACGAUAUAAAUGAUGAUAUGAAUUUUUAUAUUAUGAAUGCGGAACUUUUAAAGUUUGAAAAUAUUAAUUUAAAGAAUACCAUAUCUAACAAAAAAAAAUUUGAUAGUAAUCAAAAAGUUUUAUCGAAAAAAAGAAGUAUAAGUGUUGAUGUGUAUUAUUCUAAGAAAAAAAUUAAAGAUGGUAGUAAGAAGGAGAAAAAAAAAAAUAAGGAUAAGAAAGAUCAAAAGGGAAGUAAAACCAAAGUGGAUUUUGAAAAAAGAGACAUCGCAGAGAUGAAGAAAGUAGAUAAGAAUGAAGAAAGAAACCAACCGAAUCAACAGAAAGAUCAUCCAAAUGAACAAAACGAUCAAAUGUAUGAGGACAUAGUUGAAACGUAUGAAGAUAUAAUUGAAACAUAUGAAGACAAAAUAGAACUAAACCAUGAUAAUGAUGAUAGUAACCUAAAGAUGAACGAUGUUUAUCAUGACAUUAUAGAAGAGAAAGAAGACAAUGAAUAUUAUAAUAAUAUUAAGAAGGAAUAUGAAAAUGAAGAGAAUAAUAAUAAAAUUGAAAUAUCAAAAGAUUCUUUAAAUAAGAAGCAAUCUAAUAUAGAAAGUAAAAUGAAUAUUUUAAUAAAUAACGAACUUAUAGAUAAUGAAAAUGCAAGAAAAUUGGAUUCAAGUAAUCUUCUUGAAAGUACCUUAAGGAAUAAAGAAUCCUUUAGUUUUAAAAAUAAAUUUUUGAAUCAUGUAGAUAAUUUAAAAUUAAAAACGAAGAAAAUAAAUGAUUCCAUAAAAAAUAUGUAUGAAAAUAAUGAGAAUAUUUUUUUGAAAAAUUUCUUUCUGUCACCUAAGAAAUGUGAUAAUAUAGAAAAUAACUUAGAUCACAGAAAUGUAGAGGCUAAUUGUGUAGAUAAUAAUAUGUGUGAAAGUAAUAGUUUGAAUAAUAGUUGUUACAAUAAUAGUUUUUAUAAUAGUUUUUAUAAUAGUCAUAGUAAUAGUAAAAAUAGUAGUAAAAUAAGAAACUACAAUAAUAUGGAUAAUGUAAAUAAUAAUGUUAAUAGUGAUAAUAUAAAUUAUAGUCCCAAUGAUAAUAAAAAGAAAAAUAGUUAUAAUAAUAAUAAUAAUAAUAAUAGUAAUAACAAUAUUAUUGUUAGUUGUAGCCCUUAUGUUUAUAAUUACAACAAUAAAUAUACAUUAAAAGAAAAUUAUGAUAAAAAAUUUAAUAUGAACAAAUUUAAUAAAGUAAUGUUAUCUAAUCCAAAAGCAACAGUUCAUAAGAAUAAAAAAGAUAAUUUAUUUUUAUUUGAGGAAAGAGGUAAGAGAUCACAUAGUUAUAGUGACUGUAGAAAUGAAUCACAUCAUGUAAUGAAAAAUUCUUAUAUGGAGAAUAUUAACAAUAUAAAUAAUUAUAGUAAUAGUAGUAUGAAUUACUUAAACUAUUAUAUUAGUAAUAAGAAAAGUGUAAAUUAUAUGAAUGCCAAUGGGGUGGUCAUAAAAUAUGAUGAUGAUAAUAAUAAUGUAAAUAAUGUAAAUAAUGUAAAUAAUAUGAAUAAUAUAAAUAACAAUGAAAGUAAUAAUACUAACAAAAUGAGCUUUUUUACAAACACUAUCUUGAAUACUUUUCAAGAUAAAAAUAAUAAGACAAAAAAGAAAAAAGAAGUGAAAUGUUUAAGUAAUGAAGAUAAAUAUUUUUAUAAUUUAGAAGAAAGAAGAAAAUAUUAUAAAUAUAAUUUUGAUAAAAAUAUCAGAAAAUUAUUUAACAAUGUAGAUACAAAAACGAGUGGUGAAGAAUCAGCAAAUAGUCUAUUGAAAGAAAAAUAUAAUAAAUAUCAUAAGAGAAAUAAGAAAUAUAAAAAACUCUUCGAAUAUAUCAAACAGUUAAAAGAUCAUAUAAAAAAAAAAAGCGAUCAUAUUAGAGAGGCAAAUGAAGCAUUUAUAAGAAGUAUAAAACAAAAGCAAGAGGACGAAAAUAAAAAAAAAGAAGAGAAUAAAACAACUGAUGAGGGUAAAACAAUUGAUGAGGGUAAAACAAUUGAUGAGGGUAAAACAAUUGAUGAGGGUAAAACAAUUGAUGAAGGUAAAACAAUUGAUGAGAUUAAAACAAUUGAUGAGGUUAAAACAAUUGAUGAGGUUAAAACAAUUGAAGAGGGUAAAACAAUUGAAGAGGGUAAAACAACUGAUGAGGGCAAAACAAUUGAAGAGGGUAAAACAGUUCAAGAGGGUAAAACAAUUCAAGAGGGUAAAACAUUUCAAGAGGGUAGAACAAUUGAAGAGUGCAAAAUCAUUGGAGAUAAUAAAAAGGGUGGUGAAGAUUACAAUAAAAAUGAAGAGAAUAAAUCUAAAGAGGAAAAAACACGAAACGAUGACAAAUACGAAUUUGUUCAAGAUACCGAAGAGCUCAUAAAAAAGGUUACGAAAAAAGAUCAAGAGUUGUUGAAAAAAUUAAUAGAAUAUAAAUACCAAAUAUUAAAAAAACAAAAUAAUAACCUUAUGAAAAAAAAAAAUAAACAGAAUAUAUAUAUGAACGAUUAUUCAGAUAAUAUAGAAAUGUUUAGUGAUACUGAAACAGAUUCUACUGAUUAUUAUGAUGAAGAUGAUGUAGAUUAUGAUGAACAUAUGGUUGAAUAUAAUAAUUAUCAUGAUGAAAGAAAUCAGAAUACAAAAGAGUAUAUAUUUUAUGAUAAGAAAAGAACCAGAAGAGAACUAAAAGAAUUACGACGUUUUAAUGAAAGGAAAAAAAGGUUAGAAACAUAUUUAAUUAUGAAUAAGUUAUAUAAUCAAAAUAAAAAAGGAGUGAUUUCAAAAGAAUAUCAUACAAUUAAUAAAAAAACGGAUGUAUAUUGGAGACUAGCUUUUGCAAGAAGAAACAUUAAUGUAUUAGAAAACGUAACACAAGAGGAUGUGAAUAAUCAAUUAGAAAUGUUAAAGUCUAAUGGCAAAGUACAAAAAAAGGGAGGAGGAAAUAAUAAGGAAAAUGAAAAUGAGGAAAAAAAUAAAAAUAAUAAAAAUAAUUAUAUUAAUAAUAUAAAGAAUGAUCAAGAGAAAUCAUUAAAUGAUAAUAAAAAUUUUGAUAACAAACUUAAAAUGUAUGUAGAUAAUUUUAAUAUUAAACAAUAUAAUAAAUAUAUAUCAUUAUUCCAAUUAAUGCAAUCUAAACCAUAUAUUUUAGAUCCGUUAAUUUAUGAUUCUAAAAAAAUUUUGGAUAAAUUUAUACCAAUCAAUGGUAGAUUUACAGCAAAAGCAUUAUGUAAAUUAUUAGCAUUUGUGAAUAACGAAUUUUUUUUUCCAUCUUAUAUUAUUAAUAAAAUAAGAAAGAAAUAUACUAUUGAUAAAAGUGUAGAGGCAUUGAUUUUAACAGGAGCUAUGAGUAGAAUAUGGGGUAUGGGUUUUCAACUCUUUGAAUGUGAAUAUAAUGCUAAUAUUAAUGAUGAAUUUAAUUUAUAUAAAAAAAAAAAUAAAUAUAAAAGAAAAAAUAUAGAAUCUAGAAAAAAAAAAAAAAUAAAUAAAAAAAAUAAAAUUGUUGGAUAUGGACAAUCCGAUUUUUCAGGAUGUUUGGCUAUAUCAUUUCCAGAAAUUGAUUUAUCUAUCACAAUACUUUUAUCUGACGUUUUUAAAGGAGCAGAUGUGUGUCAUCUCUUAUUAGAAUUUAUAUUAAAACUAUACGGAUUGAAACCUCAAUGGAAAGUGCCUGUCAAAAUGUCUGAACUUGUCAAAGUUUUUUAA